AUGCUUUUGGAGACGGGCUUUAGGGGCCAGAAGGUGGCCCUGUCAUCAUCCAGGGGGCCAGAAGGUGGCCCUGUCAUCAUCCAGGGGGCCAGAAGGUGGCCCUGUCAUCAUCCAGGGGGCCAGAAGGUGGCCCUGUCAUCAUCCAGGGGGCCAGAAGGUGGCCCUGUCAUCAUCCAGGGGCCAGAAGGUGGCCCUGUCAUCAUCCAGGGGGCCAGAAGGUGGCCCUGUCAUCAUCCAGGGGGCCAGAAGGUGGCCCUGUCAUCAUCCAGGGGGCCAGAAGGUGGCCCUGUCAUCAUCCAGGGGGCCAGAAGGUGGCCCUGUCAUCAUCCAGGGGGCCAGAAGGUGGCCCUGUCAUCAUCCAGGGGGCCAGAAGGUGGCCCUGACAUCAUCCAGGGGGCCAGAAGGUGGCCCUGUCAUCAUCCAGGGGGGCCAGAAGGUGGCCCUGUCAUCAUCCAGGGGGCCAGAAGGUGGCCCGGUCAUCUUCCAGGGGGCCAGAAGGUGGCCCUGUCAUCAUCCAGGGGGCCAGAAGGUGGCCCUGUCAUCAUCCAGGGGGCCAGAAGGUGGCCCUGUCAUCAUCCAGGGGGCCAGAAGGUGGCCCUGUCAUCAUCCAGGGGGUCAGAAGAUGGCCCUGUCAUCAUCCAGGGGGCCAGAAGGUGGCCCUGUCAUCAUCCUGGGGGCCAGAAGGUGGCCCUGUCAUCAUCCAGGGGGCCAGAAGGUGGCCCUGUCAUCAUCCAGGGGGCCAGAAGGUGGCCCUGUCAUCAUCCAGGGGGCCAGAAGGUGGCCCUGUCAUCAUCCAGGGGACCAGAAGGUGGCCCUGUCAUCAUCCAGGGGGCCAGAAUGUGGCCCUGUCAUCAUCCAGGGGGCCAGAAUGUGGCCCUGUCAUCAUCCAGGGGGCCAGAAUGUGGCCCUGUCAUCAUCCAGGGGGGCCAGAUGGUGGCCCUGUCAUCAUCCAGGGGGCCAGAUGGUGGCCCUGUCAUCAUCCAGGGGCCAGAAGGUGGCCCAGUCAUCAUCCAGGGGGCCAGAAGGUGGCCCAGUCAUCAUCCAAGGGGCCAGAAGGUGGCCCUGUCAUCAUCCAGGGGGCCAGAAGGUGGCCCUGUCAUCAUCCAGGGGGCCAGAAGGUGGCCCUGUCAUCAUCCAGGGGACCAGAAUGUGGCCCUGUCAUCAUCCAGGGGGCCAGAAUGUGGCCCUGUCAUCAUCCAGGGGGCCAGAAGGUGGCCCUGUCAUCAUCCAGGGGACCAGAAGGUGGCCCUGUCAUCAUCCAGGGGACCAGAAGGUGGCCCUGACCUUCCCUGGGGGCCAGAAGGUGGCUCUGUCAUCAUCCAGGGGGCCAGAAGGUGGCCCUGUCAUCAUUCAGGGGGCCAGAAGGUGGCCCUGACCUUCCCAGGGGGGAAGGCUGGCAGUGAAGGAUGGAAGGCUGGCAGUGAAGGAUGGAAGGCUGGCAGUGAAGGAUGGAAGGCUGGCAGUGAAGGAUGGAAGGCUGGCAGUGAAGGAUGGAAGGCUGGCAGUGAAGGAGGAAAGGCUGGCAGUGAAGGAGGAAAGGCUGGCAGUGAAGGAUGGAAGGCUGGCAGUGAAGGAUGGAAGGCUGGCAGUGAAGGAUGGAAGGCUGGCAGUGAAGGAUGGAAGGCUGGCAGUGAAGGAAGGAAGACUGGCAGUGAAGAAUGGAAGGCUAGCAGUGAAGGAUGGAAGGCUGGCAGUGAAGGAUGGAAGGCUGGCAGUGAAGGAUGGAAGGCUGGCAGUGAAGGAAGGAAGGCUGGCAGUGAAGGAUGGAAGGCUGGCAGUGAAGGAUGGAAGGCUGGCAGUGAAGGAGGAAAGGCUGGCAGUGAAGGAUGGAAGGCUGGCAGUGAAGGAUGGAAGGCUGGCAGUGAAGGAUGGAAGGCUGGCAGUGAAGGAUGGAAGGCUGGCAGUGAAGGAAGGAAGACUGGCAGUGAAGAAUGGAAGGCUAGCAGUGAAGGAUGGAAGGCUGGCAGUGAAGGAGGAAAGGCUGGCAGUGAAGGAUGGAAGGCUGGCAGUGAAGGAUGGAAGGCUGGCAGUGAAGGAUGGAAGGCUGGCAGUGAAGGAGGGAAGGCUGGCAGUGAAGGAUGGAAGGCUGGCAGUGAAGGAUGGAAGGCUGGCAGUGAAGGAUGGAAGGCUGGCAGUGAAGGAAGGAAGACUGGCAGUGAAGAAUUGAAGGAUGGAAGGCUGGCAAUGAAGGAAGGAAGGCAGGCAGUGAAGGAUGGAAGGCUGGCAGUGAAGGAUGGAAGGCUGGCAGUGAAGGAGGAAAGGCUGGCAGUGAAGGAAGGAAGACUGGCAGUGAAGAAUGGAAGGCUAGCAGUGAAGGAUGGAAGGCUGGCAGUGAAGGAUGGAAGGCUAGCAGUGAAGGAUGGAAGGCUGGCAGUGAAGGAAGGAAGACUGGCAGUGAAGAAUGGAAGGCUAGCAGUGAAGGAUGGAAGGCUGGCAGUGAAGAAUGGAAGGCUAGCAGUGAAGGAUGGAAGGGUAGCAGUGAAGGAUGGAAGGAUUAUAGUGAGGAAUGGAAGGCUGGCAAUGAAGGAUGGAAGGCUGGCAGUGAUGAAUGGAAGGCUGGCAGUGAUGAAUGGAAGGCUGGCAUUGAAGGAUGGAAUGCUGGCAGCAAAGGAUGGAAGGCUGGCAGUGAAGGAGAGAAGUAUGUAUGGCUGGUAG